GUCACAAACCAGAGAGGGGUCACACCUCCUAAAGCAUUUCCAAUGCAUCAACAUGGAUCAUCUUCUCCAAACACUGGUGCCUAUAGCAGCAGCAUGCUUCAGGGGAGGUCCCUUAGAGACUCAAGAAACCUCUCUGAAAAAAACGCCAGGAAAUCAUUCACAGCCAAAAAAGCUCUGCUCAUAGCAUGUGGAGUGCGAUGUGUCCUGUCACCAGGACCCUCCAACUGCUCCACAUCACCACCCAUUAAAGACAAGAGAGACAGAGCUCAUUCCAUCUCUGCAGGAGGACAGAAGUACAGUAGAGACUGUGUUGAAACAGAGGGUGAGCUGAAGGUAUGGGAUCCAUUCACUGUGAUAAAAAGAACUGAGGAGAGAGAGCGAGCGAGAAGCAGUACACACAGACACAGAGUCCCGCUGGAUUCAAGCCGGCGGCCUUUCACUGUCCCACUGGAUAAUCAGACGGGGCGCCGAGCACUACGCACACCAGAAACUCCCAUGUGCAAGAUUAUCUGGAGAAGAAAAGAUGAACAACCUCAGCAUUUUAAUGAAGAUGAGCAUCCCAAUCUGACCCCAUUACUACAUCUCUACCUGCCUUCAUCAUAUCAGCCGCAGGAGCAGGGAGAAGAUACAGCACCGGGACAGGAAAACAGCAGUUCAGAGGUACAUGAGAAGCAAGACGUCACAGAGGAACCCAGAGAGCGUGACAUCACCAUGGAGAGCCAAAAACAAGACAUCACCAUCAAUAAAACAGAAGAUGAAGGACAGAAUGAUUUCACAGAUGGCAUACGAUAUGAUAUUACAGAUAACUGGCAGAAUGACAUACAGAAAGAUACUCCUGAGGAUACUUUUGAGGCUGACGUGACUGAGGGAAAACGUCCACAUGACAUCACAGAUGACAACAGACAACAUGACAUCACGGAAAAUCAAUGUGAUGUUGACAAAUCUUUUAAUAUCAUAGAAGACAAACAAGCAUAUGACUUAACAGAGAAGACUGAAGGAACAGAUGGGAUAUACAGGAAAAGCAGAUCUAACAGAAGUUCACACAAAGCAUCUGAUGCCAGACUCAUGGUCAAAACACGUUAUCCUGCCACAGCUACAGCGCUAACGUUCCCGUCACCCGUGACCCGAGGAAAUCCCUCUCCCAGUCUUAGCGUCCUGCCAUCGUUUUAUGGAACUUCAUUUGGCUAUCGCAUCAGAACGACGUCUGAACCCUGCCGAUCCAAAACAAGGACUAGAAAAGCCUGUGAUGAUGACAGCAGAUUUACACAGCCCAUGAAUGACAUGCAACAUUCCAUAGAAAUAAAAGGAAACCCCUGCUUACUACAAACAAGGGCUGGAGCGCCAGUCAGCCCCCAACCCAAAAUAAUGAGCACUGAGAGGGGGUCCCAGCCUCGUAAAAUGAAAAUCAGCAAGAUGUUUUUGUGGGGACCAGAGGGGCCCCGAGAGACUAAGACCGUGUGUGAUCUAUACAGUGCUGUGAACAGGUGGAGAAGCCAGGAUCAGGUCUGAGAGGGGCCUUUCAUUCCUUUCCACUACAGAAAAUCGGCUUUGCAAAAAAAUGUUUGAUUGAAUCAAAGCAGAACAGAAUGAUACAUUAGACCACUUUGGGUUUAACAACUCAAAUGUGUUAUGGCUUUGAGAAGAACUGCUUUAGCACUGGCUCCACUGUUCAGCAAGAAAGUGUGAUAGACUUUUUAGGUUUUCUGACACCCAUCUGGUGUUCCUCAGUGAAUGGCAAUUAAGGGAUAUUGACAUGAAAUAUUAUGAUCCAUUGAAAAUAAAAUCCCUGCAUGUUAAUGUCUUUUAUCUCACUCACUCUGACUUGAUAUAACAUCAUCUAAAUAUGUAACUGAAUCCAAGAAUCAUGUCUGGUGACUGUCUUUCAGCACUGGGGAAUGAUAUAAUGAUGUAUAUUUUGAAGGCUGAAAAGAAAAAUGCCUCUACAGCUGUUGAUUAUGAAACUAAAUGACAUAUUUAAGUGAUGUGUUGUGCACGCUAAAUGGUCAAUUACAGACCCUGUGAUAUUAGUUUCAUGAGUUGUUUUGUGAACAUAUCCUUAUAAUAUAUCAAUAUC